UUGACAAAUAAGAACAAAAAUUAUCGGAGGGAUAGCGAGCCAAACAACCACUGUGGUCUGUGCGGCGACGAACCAAGGCGAUGAUGAUUCUACUUUGGAGGUUUGUUACUGAGAAGGAUAGGUUUCAUUGAGCUCACGAGGAUCUGAGGUUGUGGUUGAGUAAGCACUGCACAACCACACUUUGUUUGGGUGUUGAAACAAACCAAAGAUGUUAUCUUUUGGUAGAAAUUGGUUGAAAUGUUGUAGCUACUUCGGGAGAAAUGGUCAGAAAUUUCCUGAGCCAUUUGCACUCAGUGAUCCCAUUGGAAAAAACUCACAGAAGAUGAUGCAUUUCCUUCAUCAUACCCAGAAAGUUAACCCCUUUUUUCCCCAAAUGAGAGCUAGUUAUACUCAAUUUCUUGUCCUAUUUGCACCCAUUUGCUUUAAUUCUCAUUAUUCAACUAAGGCUUGUUCAAGAUCUUAUAGAAGAAGAGUUCGUAAUCGGUUAUUAAAAUCCUGCAAGCCUACUUUAGAUCAAGCCCAAUUUCAGUUGGCACUGUCCCAGCUUCCCCCAAGGUUCAGUACUGAAGAACUCUGCAAUUUGAUUGCUCUUCAAGAUGACCCUUUAGUUUGCUUAGAACUGUUUCAUUGGGCGUCUCAGCAGCCCAGAUUUCGGCAUGAUGUGUCUACAUUUCAUGUCACCAUAAAGAAGCUUGGUGCUGCAAAAAUGUACCAAGAAAUGGAUGACAUUGUGAACCAGUUGCUUGCAGUUCCUUUUCUUGGUUCAGAGGCAUUGUUCAACAUGAUUAUAUAUUAUUUCACUGAGGCCCGGAAGCUGAGUAGAGCCGUCAGCAUAUUUAAGCACAUGAAAAGUAUUAGAAAUUUGAAUUGCAGUUUCAGGCCUUCUAUUAGAACCUAUAAUAUUCUUUUUGCUGCACUUUUGAGUAGGGGAAGCAACACCUAUAUUAACCAUGUGUACAUGGAGACGAUUAGAUGUCUGUUCAGGCAAAUGGUCAACGAUGGGAUAAAACCUGAUAUAUUUACGUUAAAUUCUAUGAUUAAAGGUUAUGUGCUUUCUCUUCAUGUUAAUGAUGCAUUGAGGAUAUUUCAUCAGAUGGGUGUGGUUUAUGAUUGCCAGCCCAACUCUUUAACCUAUGAUUACUUGAUUCACGGGUUGUGUGCCCAAGGCAGAACAAAUAAUGCCAAAGAAUUAUGUCAUGAAAUGAAGACCAAAGGUUUCAUCCCAAGUAGUAAAUCUUAUAAUUCACUUGUCAGUUCUUUGGCGCUUGGUGGAGAGGUUGAGUUGGCAGUAAAUUAUCUGUGGGAGAUGACUGAAAAGCAGAGGUCAGUUGAUUUUAUUACGUAUAGGACUAUACUGGAUGAGAUAUGUAGAGAAAGAAGAGUUCAGGAGGCCAUGAGGUUUUUGCAGGAGUUGCAAGAGAAGGACCUUGUAGAUGGGCAUGCUUACAGGAAGCUUCUUUAUGUGCUUGAAGAUGACUAUGGGAAUUCAGUUAGCAGAAUUGAUUGAGGUACUGCAAUCUUCCAUUCUUUUAUCAUUAUAGUUAGUUGUCUCUAUAGUCUGUAAACCAAGAGUUAUAUUUAAAAUUUUGCAUGCUAUGUGCCAAGUUUCAUAUUGUCUUUUGAUAUUGCAUGUAUAGCAGGUGCACAUCCUAACCAAGGGCUGUCUGCGACUAACAGCGGGAUUAGUACUUCAUGUAGUAUUUUCAAUUCCUAAACACUUUAUACCAUCUUGUUAACAUUAAAUAUCAAUAAUGAAAAUUAUUUUCCUUUCAUGGUAUUGCUUUAUCAGAAGUGAUAUAUGUAAUGUCUCAGAUAAUUGACAAUGGAACAUUUAUAUGUCAGGUCCAGCCUUAACCUGACCUGAAAACACUUGGUAAAGUUCUGAAUCUAUAUAGCACAAAGUCCCCAUAAACUGCAGAAUUAUCAGAACCUAGGAUCCAAAGAAAACUUGAGUUUAAGUUGGUUAAUUACCUGUGAGCUGUCCUCCUGAACAUGACAUUCAUCUAUCUCCCCCAAAGGCAUACAGAUUCAGAGACCGUUGUGAGGAAUUUAGUUGACUUGAAGGUAUCAAAACUUUGAUGUCAAGAAUUUAGCAUGGAUCCGUCAUUUCAGCUUCAAAGAUGCUUCUGCUUCUGAACCUGAAUACUUUAUGUUUGAGCUCGUCUUAAUGAACCUGGAUAAUCAGAUUCAUUAUUGCUUGAAAACAAAUCCUCCAAAAUUGCUGGAGAAGUUAACGUUUCUUGAUCAGGAUUGACAAUUGCAAUAUGCUUUUGGUGGAAGCACAAUUCUGGAAGAAUGGUGAUGCAGGGUUGUAUAAGAUGUCUCAGCCUUAUAUUCUCUGCCAUGUCUGAUCAGAUUGGUUAUUAUCCUUGAUAGCAAAUCCUUCCAUAUUACUUGAAAUGUUGCUGCCUUCUAGUUCUUGUUCAGGAUGGAAACUGUAUUCUUGAAGAACGCAAGGGUUUUGUAGGAAGGUUCUUGGCCAGGUACAAAAUAUGCUGCAAUGAAGAAUGGUGCCUGAAAUGUACAGCUAGUAAAAGUUCAUUUACUGAUUUUGUUGUUUUCAUUCUGCUUUAUGCAAUGCAGUUUGAAGAAAACUUUCUUAUCCUUAAGCCUUGCUGAACUUUUAGACCUUGCUUAGACACUCAUCCUAUCGGCAAGAAGCUCUUGUGCUAACUCAGUUGGAGGGUGAGUCCAAAGCAUUAGCUUAGAUCCCUGCUUCACACCAGGCAAGAAAAUCUGCAUACCUAUUACCUUGACCAAGCGUGCAUGUGAAAAUAAGAUCCCCACUCCUGUUGCAAAUGAGUCUUACGUGGUUGAUCAUUUUCCAUCCAGAGCGUGUGAAAGAUUGAAUUGAAGUACCUGUUUCCAGCAGUUUGAGGGCCUCAAGAAAAUGCCAUAAUUGCCAGUGCCCAAGAUGGUUGCGAGCAUGUCAAACAAUGCAAGCCAGGCCUGGGAUGCUAAAACUUAAAAGCACUGCCUUCAACAUUUAUCUUGAUAUUCCAUUGUAAUGACUAGAGACAAACUUUGUCAAAUGCUUUUUUGUGAUAUUACUAGUUGUGACUUAAACGGGGCCUAUAACUUCUUGGUCGUGCUAUACAAACUAA